AUGUCCAACCUCGUCCCUCUCACCAUCGUCAAGGGCGCCGGCUUCGAGCACAUCCCUCUUCCCAAUGGCGAGAACGCAACAGUAGCAGACUUUCACACCACACGGACAAAAACCUCAGACGGCCCCACGCACGUAACAUCCGGCUUCUACAAGAUCGUCGCCGGACCUGCCCGCCCCGCACACUACACCUUCGAAGAGGCCAAGUACGUCCUCCAGGGACAAGUCGACAUUCUCGAUGAGGCCACUGGCGUAACGCACCACCUCGUGCCUGGCGACUAUGCUUUCUUCCCCGUGAACUCCAAGGUCCAGUUCUCAACCAAGUCCGAGGGCUUCGCGUUUUACGUUGUGACGAGGCCAGUGAAGACGCCACACCCGAAUUUGCAAGGGCGCGAGGAGGAUGUCACGAAGCCGAAGUCGAGGUUGUAG